AUGAGAAGGAGAAAUUAUAUUAACAAACACAAUUUAACAAGGUUUUUAUUUACAGAUGUUUCCAGAGCACAAAUUGCAACAUACAAAUAUUUCUUUACAAAUUGCAGAACAAUAUCAAAACGUUUCAAUGCUCUUCUAAUUGUAUUGCAACAGUGUGAUUUCAUCUACCUGACCGAAAUUGACAACACAUUUCAGUUUUGGUACAUUUACAAAAACAACUUCAUUAUCUUGAAAUAAAAUUGGAGCACAACAAACG